UCGGAUUAAAUAUUUCUCACUGAAACCUUUAGUGAAAAGGUGAAAGUGAUAUUACUUUAAGGUACGCCAACAUAGUGUGUGCUGUCGCUUUUCAGUUGCUGUGUGACAGUCAAGUGAGCUUAUGACGACGUGUCCCUGAACGCAGCACCAGUCCGGUUCCCGGAAACUCCGCUCCUGUUCUUCCACUGAGCCGGACUCCAUGUUGUUCGUCAGCCACGGAGUGAACAAGUUCCCUGGCUGAAAACUCUCACGUUGCAACUCUGUGUGUGCGAGAAGUUAAGUGUGUGCGCGUGCGAGUGUGUUGACCCUCCAAAAGAAGAUGGCAGACUACCGGGAUGACACCGGGGCUCGAGCCCUGCUAGCUUUACAGUCGGCUCCGUGCAGCCCGGUGCGCGUCGCGGUGACCUCGCACACCUUUCACCAGCCCUCGUUCGCCCUUCUGGGUCCUCCGGUGAUGGAUGCCCGCACAGACGCCGGGAUUCUUCCCGUGCGGCUCGCUUCUACUCCUCCGCAGGCCCUGGCCAGGCUCGAGGGCCGGGACUUUGAGUAUGUCAUGCGCCAAAGGACGGUCACCAUAGGCCGGAACUCUUCUCACGGCUCCGUGGACAUCAACAUGGGUCACUCGAGUUUCAUUUCCCGACGGCACCUGCAGAUCACCUACGACGAGGCGAGUGGCUUUUCCCUCCGGUGCCUGGGCAAGAACGGUGUAUUCGUGGACGGGGUCUUCCAGCGAAGAGGGGCGCCACCACUGCCGCUACCCAGAGAGUGCAUGUUUCGUUUUCCCAGCACGGCGAUCAAGAUCCAGUUCAUGUCACUCCUGGAGGUUGAGGAGCACCGGGAGAGGGAGCAGCAGUCUCCCGCUCGCUCGCUUCUGCCCCAAAUUUCUCCUCUUAAAAUCAGCAUUCCCACGGCGCAGCAGCACGAAGAGCACAUGAGGGCGUUUGGCUCUCCGCUGCCCUCACCCACAGGCACCAUCAGUGUUCCCAACUCCUGUCCAGCUAGUCCGCGCGGGGCGGGGUCAUCGGGGUAUCGCUACGGACGCAACAUCACCUCCGACCUCCAGUUAGCAGCCGAAUAUGCUGCCAAGGCUGUUUCUGAGCAGAGGCGAAGUAUUGCUGAGCAGAGAAGUGGGGGGAGUGAGCAGCGAGCGGAGUCAGCUGGUGGUGACAGUCCCCGGGAUGAGUCCAAGCCACCUUAUUCCUAUGCACAGCUGAUUGUCCAGGCCAUCUCCUCGGCCCAAGACAAGCAGCUGACUCUCAGUGGCAUCUACGCAUACAUCACCAAACACUACCCCUACUACCGCACUGCAGACAAGGGCUGGCAGAACUCAAUCAGACACAAUCUGUCUCUGAACCGCUACUUCCUGAAAGUGGCCCGCUCUCAGGACGAGCCGGGGAAAGGAAGCUUUUGGCGUCUGGAUUCUGCCUCCGAGGCCAAGCUGGUGGAGCAGGCCUUCAGGAAGAGACGGCAAAGAGGGGUGGCCUGCUUUAGGACCCCGUUUGGACCCCUGUCAUCAAGAACAAAGAGUGCUCCAGCAUCCCCGACCCACCAGGGGCUUCUUUCUCCUCCUUCAAGCGGGCUGCAGACUCCCGAGUGUCUGAGCAGGGAGGGCUCGCCUAUCCCCCACGACCACCACGAACAGCUGGCUAACAAACUGGCAUCUGUACCUGAGUACAGGUAUUCUCAGAGCGCCCCAGGCUCCCCAGUCAGUGCUCAGCCUGUCAUCAUGGCCACUCCCCAUCACCCUACAGCGCUGUCCUCGGGCUCGGGGAAAGCCCUUGCUUUGCUUCCAGGUGGCGGUGGCCAAGUCCAGCCCAUCCAUGUGUUCCAAAGCUCCUCUCAGCCCUCUGUCACCAUGGUGCGGGUGGUUACCAGCGUUCCUCCAAAUGGGUACAGCGCUGUUGGAGGAGUAGAGGGCAACAGUGAUCUCAGAGAAGCCCAGCUGACCAGAGAGCGAGUGAUCCAGACUGUGGAGAGUGCGGUGCAGGCCGGGGAAGCACGUAAUCUGACCCCAGGUUUACAUCAACUUCCCGUUCGCCCCAUUACCCAGAAUGGCAAACACACCACUGCUGCUGUUGUCACAGCAACCAGCCUUGCUAAUGCAUCUGGUCUGAGUAGUCCUCUGCAGAUUUUGGCUGCUCAGGCCUCUAGCUCCCCUCCGGUGUUGGUGAGCAGACAGCCCAGUGCAGAAACUUUAGCUGGACAACCAGGCGAGCCCCAGGCCAAGCGGCCAAAGAUGGAGGACGAUGGCGGCCCCGAAUCUGCUCAGCAUCAAGCCACACCCGGUCAGCAGCCUGUCAUUGUUGCCAUGGCAUCGCAAACCCAUGACGCUAGGCAGUAAAACUCAGGGCCUUGCACCAGAUACCCAGUGGACAGCCUCUCUAUCGCCCCCUUAACGCGUCGCCUUUUAUACUUAUUUGAUACGACUGUAGCCGACAGGCGGUCUCUCAGAAGGGAAUUAAUUCAUAAGAACACACACUUCGGUCAAAAGUAGAGGAAACCUUUGGAAUUUGUGCUGAAAUUUAAAAAAAGAAGUUUUAGAAUUACAAUUUUUAAAAAUGUAAUCCAUCAUUCACUGACAAUACACAGAUUUAAGGUUAUUAAUUAUAAUAAAAUCAUUUCAGCACUACUCUUACUACGUGAAUGUUGGAUAUUAUCGCAGAUACAUUACUUAUCACUCUCAGGCCAAAGAACUCACCUCUCCUGCGCUUCUCAUUAGAGUCGCUGCCUGACGUAAAACCAGGGAACGUGAGAUCCGAACGGCCCCGCGACCACAGAAAGGGCCGUCAGCAUUAAGAGUCGACGAAUCGCGUCGUUUCGUACAGUCGUGGGCAGAAGGCUAGAGAGGACUCAGCUGCAUACACCCACACUAGGUUGUUAAGGCCCAGGAGACUUUAAGAAUAUGAUUGUACUCUUCAUGAGGCUCUUCUCCAAGGAUAAAGCGAGACAGAAGGCAUCAAACGAGCGGUCUCAGACGAGAAAAGGCAGACGUUCAUUUUAAAGAGCAGAAUGUGAGACGUCUCUCUUCUUGCCUUUGCUUUAAAAGAAAAAAACAAACAAACAAAAAGCAAAAAAAGAGAAAGGUAUGUUGUUUUUGGAGAACAGAUACGAGGAAAUUCAGGUUAUGACAAACCAGCAGUUUGCAGUUUUUGCUUCACUUCAGUCCAGUGCGGUUUAUCGGCGCGAGGCUUCUCUGAUUGAGGAAGAUCGCAGCAUCUGGACGGGAGAGAAGGAGCGAACCGGGCAACUAUAUGGAGUUGAUUGAAGUGGAGCUAACCUAAUGUAGACAAACUGAUUGUUUUAAAUUUUUUUGUUUCAGUAGCGGUAAAAAAAAAAAGCAAACGGAGCAGCCUGGGCGUACUUUUUUUUUGGAUCGUCUUAGCACAGAGAAGCAUUAUUGUAAUAAUCCUUUAAAAGCCUUAAAUAUUUCUACAUUUUUGUUCUUUUAUUUUAACCUUUAGACGGCUUUACUGUUUUAGAGUAACUUAGUGCUUUAACAGCUGACGAUCGGCGACACUACAGCGGUGACAGUUGCGCUGCAUUGGUAGAUUUGUUUCAGGUUUUUUGGGGGGUUUUUGUCAGGGGAAGGGCGGGACCAACACAUGACCACAAAUUUCAACAGUUCUUUUUUUUUCCACUCUGUUUGGUACUUCUGCCACCUACUGUUCUCGGCUCACACACUGUUGCUUUUUCUUGUUUCCUUAAAUUCAUUUUACAGUUUUGUUCUUCUUCUUUUGCCCAGUCUACCUCUCCUCACCAAGCACUCUCUCAUCUUCGCAGCCUCCAAAGAGGAGUCAAGCUGUCGGCGAUUCCUGCCACAAUUAGAUUUUUCUAUAACACUUCCCUCUCCUCCACUCUUUGCUCAAUCCUCACAUUCUCACUCUCUUUAGAUUUUUUUUCUCCACUCAAAUUCCCUCACACAGGCCUCGUUUAUAGCUGGGAAUCAGGCAUUCAGUGAUUGUUGUUGCACAUUAUUAGAAAAAAAUUAAUACAUUUUUAAAAAAAGUUGCGUAAUGAUUGUAUGCUGCUCUAUCUGCUAAAUGACAAAGUUCUUCAAAGGUAUUUUUUCUUAUUUUGGAAAGAGAGAAAAAAUAUUUUGCUAUAUGUAUAAAAAAAAACAGCAGUCAUCAAUACGUAAACAUUCUGGAAAUAGAAAAGUAUAUGUAUUUUUAAAUGUUCCUGUUUUUGUGAUUUGUUCAAAUGUGUAGCACAAAUUAAAGUUCCUCAUUGACUUAAA